AUGGCCAUUGGAACUGUUUUGGUUACCGGCGGCACCGGCUACAUUGGCUCCUUCACCUCCCUCACCCUGCUUGAGAACGGCUACGAUGUUGUCAUCGUCGACAGCCUCUACAACUCGUCCAAGGUCGCCGUCGACCGCAUCGAGCUCCUGAGUGGCAAGCGCCCCCACUUCUACCAGGUCGACAUCACCGACAAGGCCGGCCUCGAUGAGGUCUUCAAGAAGCACCCCGAGAUCGACAGUGCUGUCGGCGAGUCGGGCGAGAUCCCCCUCGAGUACUACCGUGUCAACGUCGGCGGCACCGUCACGUUGCUCAAGUCCAUGACGGAACACAAUGUGCCCAACAUUGUCUUCUCCUCCUCGGCGACCGUCUACGGCGACGCCACCCGCUUCGAGAACAUGAUCCCCAUCCCCGAGCACUGCCCCAUCGGCCCGACCAACACCUACGGCCACACCAAGGCCUUUGUCGAGCAGAUCAUCACCGACCACAUCCAGGCCGAGCGCAACAGGCUGAAGAAGGCCGACAAGCCCUUUGAGCACUUCAACGGCGCCUUGCUGAGAUACUUCAACCCCUGCGGCGCCCACCCCUCGGGUCUCAUUGGCGAGGACCCCCAGGGCGUUCCUUACAACCUGCUGCCCCUGCUUGGCAAGGUCGCGACCGGCGAACGCGAGAAGCUGCUCGUUUUCGGCGACGACUACGCGUCAAGAGACGGCACCGCCAUUCGCGACUACAUCCACGUCAUUGACUUGGCCAAGGGCCAUCUGGCCGCGCUCAACUACCUCCGCGAGAACAAGCCCGGCGUCAAGGCCUGGAACCUGGGCUCCGGCCGCGGCAGCACCGUUUUUGAGAUUAUCAAGGCCUUCAGCCACGUCGUCGGCCGCGAGCUCCCCUACGAGGUCGUCCCCAGACGCCAGGGCGACGUCCUGGACCUCACGGCCAACCCCUCGCUCGCGAACAAGGAACUUAGCUGGAAGACGGAGAAGACGCUGGAGGAGGCCUGCGAGGACCUUUGGCGCUGGGUCAGCAACAACCCCAAGGGCUACCGCCAGGAUCCUCCCCCCGAGCUCCUCGCCAACGCCAAGCCCACCAGUGGUUGA